AAGUGCAAGCAGCAACAGCAGCAGAAACAGCAACAGCAACUGCAACGGCGGAUCGGAGCAGGAACAGAACAUUGUUACAGAACAGAACGAACAUCAACAAGAGUCGGAACCAAAGCAUUAGCCAAGUGAUUUCUCAGUGUACACAUUAGCCAUCAGACAGAUAGACAGAGUGCCAACAAAAUGCUGGCCAGUGAGACUUUUCCCGCACAUCGCUUCAAGGAAUCUAUAUUUAAGCCUUACAGCACGAGUGGCUCGGCCAGCGUCGAUGAUUUGGCAAGCGUUAACAAAACAUUGACAUCCGCGGCGACCACGUCGUCAUCGCCUGAUACUCAUGCAGCCGUUGACAUCGCGCCCACUGCAUCCUCAGUCGAGUUCGAGACUGCCCGCAAAAUGUUGACCAACAACAGCAGUAGCAGUAGCAAUAACAGUAACAAUAAUAACAACAAUAACAAUAACGAUGCCAAGGAUGAUAUAUCUGGUUUCGUGGCCAGCCAUCCGGCAGCCCCAUUCGAGGGCUUCAUCCGUGCCUGCGUCGACGAGAUUAUCAAGUUGGCCGUCUUCCAGGGUACCAACCGAUCCACCAAAGUCGUGGAGUGGCACGAGCCCGCCGAGCUCCGCCAGCUCUUCGACUUCCAGCUGCGCGACAAAGGGGAGCCGCAGGAGAAGCUACGAGAGCUUCUGCGCGAGACCAUACGGUUCUCGGUGAAGACCGGACAUCCGUACUUCAUCAAUCAGCUGUAUUCGGGCGUGGAUCCCUACGCCCUGGUUGGCCAGUGGCUCACCGACGCCCUGAACCCCAGUGUCUACACGUACGAAGUGGCGCCUCUGUUCACGCUGAUGGAGGAGCAGGUGCUGGCCGAGAUGCGUCGCAUUGUGGGCUUCCCCAAUGGGGGCAAGGGCGACGGCAUCUUCUGUCCUGGCGGUUCGAUAGCCAACGGUUAUGCAAUCAGCUGUGCGCGCUACACAUACGCGCCCGAGUCCAAGAAAAACGGACUCUUCAAUGCCAAACCUUUGAUUAUAUUCACAUCGGAGGAUGCGCAUUAUUCGGUGGAGAAAUUGGCCAUGUUCAUGGGUUUCGGAAGCGAGCAUGUGGUCAAGAUAGCGACCAAUGAGGUGGGCAAGAUGCGUCUGAGCGAUCUGGAGGAUCAGGUUCGGCGGUGCCUGGACAAUGGCUGGCAGCCUCUGAUGGUCUCGGCCACGGCCGGCACCACGGUUCUGGGCGCCUUCGAUGACUUGACAGGGAUCGGGGAUCUGUGCAGGAAGUACAACAUGUGGAUGCACGUAGAUGCGGCAUGGGGAGGCGGUGCGCUGAUGUCUAAGAAGUAUCGCCAUCUGCUGAACGGCAUCGAACGGGCUGAUUCGGUGACGUGGAACCCCCACAAGUUGUUGGCCGCCUCGCAGCAGUGCUCCACCUUUCUGACACGCCACCAGCUGGUCUUGGGCCAGUGCCACUCCACCAAUGCGGCGUACCUGUUCCAGAAGGACAAGUUCUAUGACACCUCCUACGACACUGGGGACAAGCACAUCCAGUGCGGACGCAGGGCGGACGUCUUCAAGUUCUGGUUCAUGUGGAAGGCUAAAGGCAACCUGGGCCUGGAGUCGCAUGUGGAGAAGGUCUUUCGCAUGGCCGAGUUCUUCACCGCCAAGGUCCGAGAGCGGCCCGGCUUCGAAUUGGUUCUGGAGAGUCCCGAGUGCACCAACAUCAGCUUCUGGUACGUGCCCCCCAGUCUCCGGACGAUGGAGCGAGAUCGGGAGUUCUACGACAAGCUGCACAAGGUGGCGCCCAAGGUCAAGGAGCGGAUGAUAAAGAAGGGCUCCAUGAUGAUCACAUAUCAGCCGCUGCGCCAGCUCCCGAACUUCUUCCGUCUGGUGCUUCAAAACUCGUGUCUGGAGGAGUCGGAUAUGAUCUACUUCCUCGAUGAGAUCGAGUCCCUGGCCAAGAACUUGUAGUGGCGAGCAAGAUAUUAUUUAAGAGCUGAAGCCGAAGCUGGUUAUUUGGUUAUGUGGUUAAGUGUUGACAAACAUUCUCUCUAGGCAUAUGCCGUAUAUGUAUGUGAAUUGUAUAGUAUCUCGUAGUAUUUCCUUUACUGCAUCCGCUUAAAAAUAAUAUUGGAAAUUAAGUAUUACCUAAAAGCAAAAA